UGAUAUUUUGUGAAAUGAAGCAAAUCUAGCUAGAUUCUCAUUUCGUGUGCGACAUUGACUUUCUUUUUCUUUUUCUUAAAAUGCUCUUACUCUCAAGCAGUUUUGUUGUUUCUCUUGUACUGUAUUUGGUGAUACAUUUUAUUAUCAACGCCAAAAGAACCACCAAUGAGUUAGUGUCUACACGUAGAGUACCUUCAAAAUCCAGUGCUUUUUUAGAAGCCUGCAACACAGAACUCAACAAAACGCCCUUGCCUGUCUUUAUUCGCGUGUAUCUGAUUGGCAUUUUUGAGACCAUAUAUAUUGCCUUGUGUCAACGUGGCUUAUUUAACGCUAGUACAACAAAGGAUAUCAACGAGCAACAAGUGGACGCGAUCGCACGACUAUUCCAGGGCAACCAAGCCUUAGCUGUCAUCACAGGUGGUGACUCAGGUAUUGGGUUAGAGAUAUGCAAAGUCUUGCUUAAAGCUGGUUUUCGUGUUGUCAUUGGGACAAGAUCAAUAGAGACCUGUCAAAAAAUCAUAGAGGAGCUACAAUCACUCACUGGAUCUGAUAAAGUAUCAUGUAUCCCACUUGAUUUGACAUCAUUCAGAUCAGUACGUGAUUUUGUAGACCAAGUCAAGUUAAUCGCACCCAAGAGAGACAUACAACUAUUGAUUAAUAAUGCUGGAAUCAUGAACACGCCUUAUACUGUUACAGACGAUGGCUAUGAAUCACAAUGCCAAACAAAUUAUCUUUCACCUGUCUUAUUAACUCGGUUGCUUUUGCCUUGGAUGAACACAAAACAGGGUCGUGUCUUGUUUGCCUCAAGUUCAACUCUCUAUGCCAUUAAUCAAUUAAACACUAACUUUUCGUAUGGAAAGUACAGACUCAAUGGACUUGAUCAUUAUGCAUUUAGUAAAGCAUGUAUUGGUCAACUCGUACCGCGCUUAGCUAAAACGACUCGGGUGCCAAUCUACUCGUAUCACCCAGGCACAGUGCGUACUCGCUUAUUUGCCCACACAGCUAUUUUUAAUUUAGCUUUUGUAUCGAAAUUGUUUGAUUUUAUUAUGCUCUCCCCAAAAGAAGGAAGUCAGACGCCACUUUAUUUAUGUUUGACAAAGGAUGUAGGAGACACGGGUACAUAUUGGGCAAACAAGCGUCCACAAGCCUUACCUUCUGUUUGGAUAAAUGGAAAAAAGAAUGAUAUUGAAACUUUAUGGAACGAUACCUUAAAGAAAUGUGGUUUGGAAAAAUAAAAAAUAAAAAAUCGGAAAAAACCCAUUCUCCGAGUAGGGAAGAUUUCUUCUUUUUUUUUACCUGGAC